CUCGCAUUCCAUAAUCUUUGUUCUUCUGGCCAGUGAAAAUGGGUGAUAAACUUCGAUUAUCCAUUGGAAUCUUGGGAAACGGAGCUUCCUUGCUGCUCUACACAGCUCCAAUACUAACAUUUUCAAGGGUGUUUAAAAAGAAAAGCACAGAGGAAUUCUCAUGUUUUCCCUACCUUAUGACACUCUUCAACUGUUUGAUUUACACUUGGUACGGUUUACCGAUUGUGAGUCAUCUUUGGGAGAAUCUUCCUCUUGUCACCAUUAAUGGACUCGGCAUCCUUCUCCAAUCAAUCUUCAUUUUCAUAUAUUUUUUCUACGCGUCGCCGAAAGAAAAGGUUAAGGUUGGUGUUUUAUUUGUUCCGGUGAUUUUUGUGUUCGGGAUAGUGGCUGCAAUCUCAGCCGUAUUGUUUGACGACAACCCUCACCGGAAAUCUUUCGUUGGAAGCGUCGGUCUCGUGGCAUCUGUCUCCAUGUAUGGUUCUCCUCUCGUCGUUAUGAAAAAAGUGAUAGAGACAAAAAGUGUGGAGUACAUGCCAUUUUACUUGUCAUUCUUUUCAUUUUUGGCUAGUUCCCUUUGGUUGGCCUAUGGUUUACUCAGCCAUGAUCUCUUUCUUGCGGCACCUAAUAUGGUGGGGGCUCCACUGGGUAUUCUCCAACUUAUCCUCUACUUUAAGUACAAUAAGAAGAAGGAUAAACCGAUUACAACAAUUGUGAUGAGCAAAUGGGAUGAUGAGAAGAAUAAGAGCACACUUGAGCUUGUAGUUGAUGUUGAUCAUGAUGGUGAUGCCAGUGACAAGAAGUUCAACAACGCAUGUUAAUUACUUUUUGUGUAAACUUGAAGGUUUCGUGGGGUGGUGAUUAUUUCAUUACAUGAUGUUUCAUCUCUGUUGUGGAUCAUGUGCAUAAAACAAGAGUUUUUGUUCUGGACGACAAAAUAUCCAAUGUGUCUACAAUAAGGAGCAAAAGAAAACCCAAACAUUUCUUACUUUGGUGUUGAGAAAAAGGUUUCAAACUUUACUUAGAGAAAACACUAAUUUGUUGAUCAAAAAAAGGAAAAGAAUAACACUAGUUUUAUACCUUUUGCUGAGAUCGGUACGUGGCGUGAAUUAAGUGAUAUGUAGGUUACAAAAACGAUAGAAGCAAUGCAUAAACCCGGCUGUUGUGCCUCCCCAACAACAACCCAGCCAGAAUCCAUAUACGGAAGAAGGUGACGAUCCUUGCAUGGAUGGCAGAACAGUCGAUGAAUCAAGGUCCUGCAGGUUAUAUUAUAUGCCUCCUCCAUAUCAUUAUGCUGGUCUUUCAAUGCAUUAGAGAGAGUUCCUUUUCAAAGUUGGAAGACAAAGUUGCCCUUUGCAUGUACCUUUGUUUUCGUAUGGUAAAAAAUACACAGAUGAAUAGAUUGGGUAGUUUAGGAUCCCUCUCAAUGUUCCUAGGGAAUACUACUUUUUAUUGGUUUUAUGUUGGAUUUAAAAUUUAUUGUGAUUGUAAUCAUGCAUUCACAAAGUUGCCCUUGUUAAGC